AUGAUGGUUUUGUCAAUCAAGACGGAAGAUCGCAAAGUGAUAGAAGCACAGGGAAAAUAUGACGAUGUUUCUACGGAACUACUGAAUUUCCGAGAUGCCUCCGCGGAGAGCUUUCUCCAACUACCACUUUUCUUGCACUUUGAAUCCCGUCUAUUUAUUGAGCUUACUGAUACUUCUGCUUUCAAAAUGGCGGCAAUGAGGGCUCGACACAAGAUUCGAGCUCCGCGAAGGGGACUCUCGCAUGCCAAAACCGAUGACUUCGAUUCCAUAUGGGAUGUUCUUUCAGUUUCACUGAAUGAAAUCAACACCAAGAAUGCCUCGACGAUUUCCUUCGAAGAGCUUUAUCGCCACGCCUACAAGAUUGUGUUGAUGAUGCGGGGUGAUGAUCUUUACGAGAAGGUCAAACAACUUGAGCAGAAUUGGCUUAAGAGCAAUGUUCAAAAGCUCGUCACAGAGUCAAUAUCUGGAAGCCUAGUGCGAGCACAGAAUUCCACCGAUGCCCAGGAUCAAUCGAGCGAGAGGAGAGAGGCCGGUGAGAAGUUCCUGGCCGCUUUGAAGGAUGCCUGGGAGGACCACCAGCUAUCCAUGGGCAUGGUGACAGAUGUUAUGAUGUAUAUGGACCGCAUGAUAAUCGCGGGCCAGAAGCCCUCCAUAUAUGCUACUUGCAUGGCGCUAUUCCGCGACCAUAUCCUCAACUCAUCCGUUCGCCCUGAAUCUUCUCUCUCCGUCACAGAUGUGCUCAAAUCAACCAUACUAUUCAUGAUCUCGCUGGAACGGUCCGGCCACAUAAUUGAGCGGCCGUUGAUUCGGCACUGUAUCCAAAUGCUAGAGGGUCUUUAUGAAACUCCGACGGAAGAAGAGAGUUCCAAGCUCUAUUUGACUGUAUUUGAGCCAGCUCUCCUUGAGGCGAGCAAGGAAUUUUAUCAAGCUGAAGGACAGCGUCUCUUGCAAAUUGGAGAUGCUACUACGUUCUGUCGGAUCGCUACCCAGCGAGUCGCAGAAGAACAAGAACGGUGUCGCUAUACACUGGCGGUCGCGUCGGAACCAAAGGUCCUUGAAUUGCUGGAUGAGCAUUUGAUUCGCAGCAAUAUCGAGGAGGUUGUCAAUCUCGAAGGAACCGGUGUCAGACACAUGCUGGACCACGAUCAACUGGAUGGAUUGCAAAACGUCUACAUGCUCAAUGCGAGAGUAGACAAGAAGAAACAAGCCUUGACUAAUGUGGUCAAUAAGCGAAUCGUGGAGAUGGGCAAGGAAAUCAAUAAUUCGUCCAUUUUGCUGCCCCAAGCCGCGGCAGCAGCUCCGUCGUCAGGGAAAGAUGGGGACGGCGAGAAAAAGACAGAAAAGGGGAAAGACAAGGAGAGACCUCAGAACCAGCAAACAGUCUCGGCCAUUCGUUGGGUUGAUGAUAUCCUUGCCCUCAAGACCAAGUUCGAUGGUGUCUGGGAGAAGGCAUUUGGAAAUGACCAAGGCAUUCAGAGUUCAAUUGGAGCUAGUUUCUCCAACUUCAUCAAUAUGAAUUCGAGAAGCUCUGAAUUUCUCUCACUUUUCUUCGAUGAAAACCUCAAGAAGGGAAUCAAAGGAAAGACAGAGAAUGAAGUGGACAUCCUUUUGGAUAAUGGCAUCAUGAUGCUGCGGUACAUCAAAGACAAGGACUUGUUCGAAACAUACUACAAGAAACACUUAUCUCGUCGUCUGCUGAUGAAGCGCUCUGCAAGCAUGGAUGCCGAAAGACAAAUGAUCUCGAAGAUGAAGAUGGAAGUCGGCAACCAAUUCACACAGCGUAUUGAGUCUAUGUUUAAGGAUAUGACUGUGUCAGAAGAUCUCACGGCCAACUACAAAGAGCAUAUUGCACGGAACGGUGAUCCUGACCAGAAACCGGUGGACUUGGAGAUCAACGUGCUCACCAGCACAAUGUGGCCGAUGGAACUUAUGGCCAACCCCAAAGAUGGAGCGGUCCAAUUACCGUGCAUCUUCCCCAAAGAAAUCGACACUCUCAAAUCGAGCUUCGAGCGCUUCUAUCUUGACAAGCACAGUGGCCGCAAACUUUCAUGGCAAGCCAGUAUGGGAACUGCUGAUCUGCGAGCCACGUUCGUCCGCUCCACUGGUAAGACCCAACGCUACGAGCUCAAUGUCUCAACCUACGCUAUGGUCAUUCUACUUCUGUUCAACGAGAUUCCUGAGGGGGAGUCUCUCACAUUCGAUGCCAUCAAGGAGCGCUCGCGGAUCCCUGAUCAUGAUCUCAUCCGCAACUUGCAGUCACUAGCAGUUGCCCCCAAGACACGAGUCUUGAAGAAAGACCCCAUGAGCAAGGACGUAAAACCUACCGAUAAGUUCCUUUUCAACAAUGACUUCCACAGUCCGUUUGUGAAAGUGCGCAUUGGAGUGGUUAGUGGUGGCGCGAACAAGGUGGAAAACCAAGAUCAGCGCAAGGACACAGAAAAGAAGAUGAACGAUGAGCGUGGUGGUAGCAUUGAGGCUGCCAUCGUUCGAAUCAUGAAACAACGCAAAACACUCACCCAUUCCCAGUUGAUGACAGAAACUCUGUCUCAACUUUCUGUCCGGUUUGUUCCGGACGUCAACAUGAUCAAGCGCCGUAUCGAGAGUCUCAUUGACCGUGAAUACUUGGAGCGAGUUGGCGAAGAGCCGCCUACCUACGGGUACGUCGCAUAG